GUUAAACGCUACAUUUUUGGAUUUCUCUCGACGACCACGACGACUACAAUGAUGAUGACAAGGUAGUAGCAGCCGUAUUUUUGUAUAUUAUAUGGUGAGCUCAUUUGGAGAAUAUUGAUGAUUAUCUAAAUUCAUCAACAAAAUCAGUGUCCGAAUUUUCAUAAAGAACGACAUCCGAAUAUUUUAUGUUAAUUGACAACUUUUGUUCAUUAUAUUUGUUUAUGUUUCGAUUUUCCUUGAAUCGAUCCAAUGAUUUAAUUGAAUAAUUUUACUUGUUUGUUUUAAUUAGUUUUACAAUAUUUCGAUAAUGAAUCAUUUUGAUCAUACAUCACCUAAUGAUCAUCAUCACAACCAUCAAGUACAAUUGGUUGUCAGUAAUGACCCCAAUGUUGCUGCUAAUGCAGACAUUAUGGAUGUAAAUAAUCAACAACAGCCCAUUCAUUUGAUGGUCAAUCUUCCAAAUGGCAAUAAUUCAUCUGCCACGACUGUUCCAUUCGAUAAUCAUCAUCAACAGCAACAACAACAACAACCAAAUUAUCAUCAGCAUCCAGAUUCAAACACUGCCUCGAAUGAAGCCAUCGAUUCGACCACAACAGCUUCCUAUGCUUAUUAUACCUAUGAUUCUUGUGGCCAAUUGACUUCUACUACUGGUGUCGGUCCUUCAGCAACACCAUUUCAAGUUUCCUGGAAUAAAGUUGAAUUAAUCCAACAGCCAUCAUCAAUGGCAACACAGCAAUCUGAAUGGUAUCAUAAUCAACAACAACAAUCACAAAUGCUGACCACGACAGAACAAGCUCAGCAAGCUGCAAUUUUGGUUCCAGGUUCUUCAAUGCCGGGAAGUGUAACGACAAAUUUUGUUACCACUGCUCCAAAUUUCAAUCAACAACAGCAGCAACAGUUUGUCAAUAGGGAUCUUCCGAAUAUGCAACCUAUCCAGAUUGCCCUUGUGCCCGCACAGUCUUCCGUCCAAACACAACUUCAACCUCAACAAUCGGUUCCAUCAUCAAAAACUACAACAAAAAAAACCACAAAACGUGCUGCAAAUUCGAAACAAUCGAACAGAGGUGAAGGACGACAAUCAAAACCUGUAUCCGCAUAUGCACUAUUUUUUCGUGAUACACAAGCAUCGAUCAAAGCUGAAAAUCCUUCCGCAUCAUUCGGAGAAAUAUCUAAAAUUGUCGCAUCCAAAUGGGAAAUAUUGUCCAAAGAAGAUAAAAUUGUAUACAAAGAACGAGCAGAUAUGGAGAAAAAAAAUUAUCUACAAAAUCUGGCUUCAAAUAAAGCUAAAGAAAUUGCACAGACGAAUCAGACGGCAACUCCUCCGUCGCAGCAGACUUCGACAGAACUACCAAUACAAAUGGCUACCAUUCCACUAUCUGGAUCGAAUCAACAACAAAUGACAAAUUCUGAUGAAUUAACAACAUUCGAAUCGACUAAUACUGGACCAUCUAUAAACAUUUUGGUUACCACAGAUGAUAUGCUUACUGAAUCUUCGAUUCCCGUCGAUGAUUACCAUCAAACAGCAUACGGUAAUUAUAAUCAACAACAGCAACCUCAAACAACGAUACAUCAAACGAAUACGUAUCAUCAUCAUCAUCAUCAUUCUGCCUUAAAUAAUCAAAUAAUGAAUAAUCCUUCAACAUCGAAUGUUAUAGAUUCGUAUUCGCAUGCCGAGCCUCAUAUUCAUUCACUUCAACACUCGUCUCAGCAACAUAUGCAUCAUACACAUCAAUUCAUUCAUAGUAAUGAUAUAAAUACAAAUGCACAACAUGAUGAUAAAACUCAUCAUUCUACGCCACCAUCAUCGUCAACAUUUCCUUUCACUGACGAUGAUGAUCCAACUUCAGCUGUUUCAUUUUUUGUCAACUCGACCGAUGCCGAACAGAAUCUUAUAGAUCUGGGUAUUGAUCUCAAUGAUUUCGAUGAUAUCCACCUGUUGAAUGAUGAAAAUAUUUACUCGCCCACUAAUUCAUCGACGACAAAUUCAUUGUUUGAUACGGCCAAUCCGGUUGUAGGGGUUGAUCCAUUUCUUAGUUCAUUGGAACAAACAUCAUCAGAUCAUCAUCAUCAACAACAACAAUCAUCAACAACAAAUGAUCCAAUUUUAACAUCCACAUAUGCUUCCGAUUCAAUAUUACAAGAUUCUUAUCCAACAGAAAUGAUUUAUGAAUCAAAUGGACGUACAUCAUCCGAUAUUGAUCAACAUUAUGAGAGUGCUAAUAAUAAUUUUUUGCACGAUUCAUCAUCAUCAGCAAUGGAUCAUGUUUCUCAUAAUGAACUUGAUUCAUCUGUUAUUGAAUCGGAUACUACAUUGAUGAAUGGUGAAAAUAAUGAUUCAAGUGAUCAUCAACCUAACAAUGAACAAUCAGCCGUAUGUGCAAGAGAUGGCUGUCAACGUACAACCAUAGAUUCGAAUCAAUGGGAUCGCGAAUUUUGUUCAGAAGAAUGUUGUGUCCUUUAUUGUUCCGAUGUUUUUCGCACCUGGACUUCGAGAAAACAGCAACAAAUGACGGCCGAUAUGUCACAGCAUGUAUUGGCAUCAUCAUCUUCAGCAUAGCAUUGCCAUUUUUUUUAUUUUAUCAUUUUUUUUCGCAAGCAUUCACAAUGCAAAAACAUGUUCAAACUUUGCAACAUAUUUAUGCAAAAAUAUAUUUUUUGUAUCAAAAAAGACAGAAAAUUUAAUAACAAAAAAAAAUAAUAAUAAUAAAAUAAUUUUA